AUGCUCUGUGUAAUAUUCUGCUGCAACCUCUCCUCACCUCCUGGACCACCCUUCAUCCCCGAACCUCAGGCCUGGUUGGACAACUCCAAGGUUCGGAAUCUCCCCAAAUUGAAAAAGCUGCCUACAGUGGUUUGGGAGGAGGGUCCCCCCCGACCCGGGUGCAUUCUCACUCUCGACUCGCGCUACAACCCUGAGGGGGUGCUGGCUGUGGAGGCGGCUGUAGCGCGGCUCCUGAGAGACCUGGGGGUGGAAGGGGAGGUUGUUGGGGGAGGGGGGAUAGGGGGGGAGAGGAUAGGGGGAGAAGGAAUACGGGGAGAGGGGGUUGGAGGAGAAGGGAUACUGGGAAAGGAAGGUGUAAGGGAAGGGGUGGGGAACGGGGAACAGGACGGCGGGAAAGGGAAGGUGGGGGGAUGGGAUGAGAGGGAGGUGGAGGAAGGGAAGUUGGGGAAAAGGGAGAGGCAUGGGGAGGGUAGGUGGUAUGGAGGACAGAGGAGGAGGCGGCUGAAGGGAGGAGAGGGGGCGGGGGAUGGGGAGGGGGAAGGAGAAGGGAAGCGGGAGGGGAAGGAGGAGGGGGAAAGGAAGGGGGAGGGUAAGGGGGAAGGGGAAGGAAGGGGGAAGGUGAAAGGGGAGGAGGGGGGGGAGGGUGAGAAGGUGGCGGAAGAAGGAGCGGGAAGGGGCGUUCAGGAAAUGCCUGAGAGAUGGCGGAGGUUUUAUGAUGGGCUGCCUAAGAUGAUGGAUGGAGAUGGGAAGGAGUAUGUGGGAAAGAUGCCGAUAUGGGUCGCUCUGGCCGUCAACAUGCUCAGGCUGUACGUGCGGCGGCAUGGGUAUCAGCUGGUGGUGGAGAAUGAGAGUCAACUCGGUCAACGCAAGUCAAUGCUCAGGCUGUACGUGCGGCGGCAUGGGUAUCAGCUGGUGGUGGAGAAUGAGAGUCAACUCGGUCAACGCAAGUCAACGUGA